GCAAAGACAAGUCUUCUUCUCAUUAAUUAAACUACAUAACUCGUUCAUCUUCGUGUUUAAAUAUAAUUUAAAGUUCAUCAAUCAAAUAUAAACCCCCCUUAUUGUUACUUAUCUAUUUCUAUAAGAAGAAAAGUAUUCCUUUCCCUGUGGAUACGAACCUUACUACACUAUACUACGUAUUAGUGUCGUAUUGUAUUAUUAUUUUGAGUGCAUCUCACGACAAGGUGCACGUCAGGCGCUUCAGUACGCCACCAUCACUCGACCCGAGAUAUCCUAUGCGGUUAACCGAGUGUGCCAAUUCAUGCAAAAACCAACAGAAACACAUUGGUCAGCUGUUAAGUGGAUCUUACGUUACCUAAAGGGUACAAUAUCUGAUUGUCUUGUGUUUAGCAAAAUGCAUGAUUCUCGACUUGUCACCUUCACUGACGCAGGGUGGGCAUCCGACCCAGAUGACUGUCGAUCGCAGCACGGUUUCUCAGUUUACUAUGGAGGAAAUCUUAUCAGUUGGUCAUCACGCAAGCAACAUGUUGUCUCUCGUUCCAGUACCGAGGCCGAAUAUCGGGCUAUUGCAUUUGCAACUGCCGAGCUUAUAUGGAUACAACAGUUGUUACAAGAGAUGGGUACACCAUUCACUGCACCACCAAUUGUUCUUUGUGAUAACUUGAGUGCCACUUUCCUCACUGCUAACCCUGUCUUUCACCAAAGGUCAAAGCACAUCAAGAUUGACUACCAUUUUAUUCGGGAACAAGUUCAGUCCGGUGAGCUCGUGGUUCGGCAUGUUCGAUCCAAUGAUCAAGUUGCAGAUAUCUUUACAAAGGCUGUAGGAACUGCUCUAUUUCAAGCUUUGCGCCGUCGUCUACUGGUUCGACCACCUCGCUAAGCUUGCAGGGGCAUGUUAAAGACAAGAUAUUGUAGCAAUCUUUAUAUAUAUAUAUAUAUAUAUAUAUAUAUAUAGAGAGAGAGAGAGAGAGAGAAGUGAUCAGGUCCAGCCGGAGGGACGGGAGCCGCCGUCCGAACUCCGCC